GUCAUCCUGCUGGUCUGCUCCAUCAGGCAGCCAUGGCAGCGGCUGGCAUCGCUGCCAUCCUCAUCCUCACAGCACUGCCGCCCGCUGCGGCCGCUCCCUGCGAGCCCACACAGAGCCCGGCCAACGCGACGGCACCGGGGCUGCUGGGGACGUGGCGGUACGUGGCCGGGGCCGCCCAGCUGCCCCAGCACCUCCUGGAGCUGCUGCUCAUCGACCACGGCCACCUGCGCGUGGAGCCCGGCGCCGGGGGGCAGGAGCUGCUCGUCACCCAGCACGUGGCCGCGGGCGGCCGCUGUCUCUCCAACAACUCCACCUACUUCCAGCUCCCUGAUGGUGGUGGAACAGUGCUGGUGAAGCAUGCCAAGACCCAGCAGACCGUGGGGACGCUGCUGAACCUCAGCUCUGAGGACAUUUUGCUCAUCCAGCACCAACUGCAGAAGGAGAGGACGUAUUCAGCGCUGUAUCUCUAUGCCCGAAAUCAGACCGUGAGCAAGGCCCAGCGGGACGAGUUCACCCAGCACGCCCAGCGCCUGGGGCUCAGCGAAGGGGAGAUCAUGUACGCACCAUGGAGGCAGGAGCUGUGUCAAGUGGAGGAAACCCAAGAUGGCGGCGCCCAAGGCACGGCCCCCCCGGCCACAGGCCCAGAGCCACCAGCACCGAGCGGGGCCGGGAGCACGACAAGCCAGCACCAAUAAAUUCUUCACUCCAACACGUCACUGUUCAUUGCUGAGAGAUUAGGGCUCAGGAGUGCAAAAAAAGAGAUUGAGCACCCGA